AUGUUGAAAACAGAGAAGUCAUGCGUCGUAUCAGAUUCUACAAUUACGAGCAAGUUUGGAGGUCGUCCUCCUUCUACAUAUUCUAUGAAGAUCCAAAGCCUCUCUCAACUCAAGACUCUCUUCACUGGUACUGACGGAUUCAAAUCCCGUACAUUCUCUUCAGGCAAACACAAGUGGAGAUUGGUUAUAUAUCCAAAAGGGAACGAGAAAGACAACGGGACCGGAUUUAUAUCAAUGUAUGUGGAAUUAGAUAGCAAAAGCGUGACCACGUCCCUAGUUUUGGCAUAUCUCACCUUCUUCGUCUACAACAAGAUGGAAAAUAAAUACUUUACUAUUCAAGAUGUUGAACCGAAGCAGUUCAAUGCAUUAAGACCGGUGUGGGGAUCUUCGCAAGUGCUUCCGCUUGAUACAUUCAAUGAUCCUAAAAACGGAUAUCUCUUUGAUGGAGAUCAAUGCGAGUUUGGUGUUGAUGUAAUGGUUCCACAUACCAAUUGGGAAGUUGUCUCCUUUGAUCAGAAACUUAUUAAUCACAAGUUCUCUUGGACGGUCAACAAAUUCUCUAAGCUGAAAGAUCAUUGCUACGUAUCAAACAAGUUCUUCAUUGGAGGAAGGAAUUGGGUACUAAAGUUGUAUCCCAAGGGCUACUCUACUACUUAUAGUAAAUCGUUAUCCCUCUUUCUGCAUUUAGCUGAUGGUGAAACAGUGAAGGCAGGUGAGAUGAUGUACUUCGUGCUGAUUUGCGAAUUCUCGAUCCAUUUGGAUCCAAGAUUACAUUCUGUUUUUAUUGCAGUUAACCACUGGCGCGAGGACUCCUUCCAAGGUUGGGGUUGGUUUGCUUUUGUGGCUUUAGCUAAACUUGAGAAGGCUUACUUGGACAAAGAGGGAUCUUUGAAAUUAGAAAUCGAAUUUGAAGUUGUCUCUACCACCAAAUACUCUCCAUGA